UCCAUGCAGCUGCAGCAGCAACACGUGAAGAGCUAAGACCUGACCAGAGCCCAUAGAUGGCCGUUGUGCUACCCGUGCCUUGGAGACGAGCCACAGAAGCAACCAAUAAGCAGAAGGCGAAGAUAUUUCCUUGGCUAAUCUGAAAAAAAUGGGGUCUAUGUUCUUCCAUCACAUCCACCUAUUCAUCGUCUUGCUCCACCAGGCCCACGGCGGUGCGUUCUACAGAAGCAAGACAGCUCCUCAGCAACACCAGCCUCAGUACAAUGAUGGCCAUCCUCAACAGCCCUUUUUAGGGAAUGAGAUGCCAUUACUGGGUCAGUACGGACAGGAGCUCCCUCAGCUUCCGUUUCAGUUGGGGAAAGAGCGACUGCUGACUGAAGGCAAAGGACAAACAUUCCCCAGAGGAGCCAAAGGCCCACCUCACCCUGGUUCUAAAGGACAAGAUGUCCGAGUUGGAUCGCAGGGAAUUCAGGGCCCAACGGGACCACCGGGACCUCAAGGGCCACCAGGUCUGCCAGGCCAGGGAUUGCAAGGCGUGCCAGGAAAGGCAGGCCCUCCCGGUCCUCAGGGCUACCAAGGAAUUGGAAAACCGGGAAUGCCCGGAUUGCCUGGGAAACCGGGAGGACCUGGAUUUACCGGGCCACGGGGUGAUUCAGGACCAAGUGGGGGUGAAGGGUCAAUUGGACUUCCUGGUCCUCCAGGACUUCCGGGUCCACCUGGCCUCCCCGGGAUUUUGAAGGCAGGAGGACAGGGCCUGCCAGGACAACAAGGUCCUCAAGGUGAGCCAGGUCAAAGAGGCCUGCCCGGGUUUAAUGGCCCACCAGGCCCCAGGGGAGACAAAGGACUUGGUAUACCCGGUUUACCCGGAUUGAAAGGAUCUAUUGGACCACCAGGGCCACCUGGACAUGCUGGCAUCUCUGGAAUUGGAAAACCUGGCAUAAAUGGUCUCCCCGGGCAGCCAGGAAUAUCAGGAAAACCUGGUCUUCGUGGGGAACCUGGGCCUUACGGACCACCUGGUGAGAGAGGACAACCAGGUCUUCCUGGUAUAUCAGGACUUGGAAAACCAGGGCAGGAUGGCUUUAAAGGGCAACCAGGGAUUCCUGGUGGAAAAGGUGAACAUGGUUCUCCAGGAUUACAAGGAAGUCCAGGUGUGCCUGGUUAUGGCAAACCGGGCUUUCCAGGACCCAAAGGUCACAAGGGACACAGCGGGAUCCCUGGAUCUCCAGGCCCAAAAGGAGAUAAGGGUCAUGAAGGUUUUCCAGGUAUUAAUGGUCCUACUGGUUCCAGUGGUAUACCUGGCCCACCAGGCCCAAUAGGGCCCGCAGGUAGCAUUGGCUUCCCAGGGCAAAAGGGAGAAUAUGGUGAUGGUGGGCCGAUAGGAAAACCAGGAUUAAAAGGAGAUGUAGGCCCUACAGGCCUUACGGGACAGUCAGGUUUGACAGGCAAGGCAGGACAACCAGGACUGAGAGGGCUUCAAGGACCAACUGGCCCCAAGGGGGAGCCUGGCAAUAAGGGGUUAUUUGGUGCCCCUGGUACUUUAGGAUUAACUGGGCCAAGAGGGGAGAGUGGUCAACAUGGUGAUGAAGGCCAAAAGGGACCACAGGGGAUUCCAGGACUUACAGGACCAGGUGGACCAAUUGGACCUCCUGGGCUUCCUGGUCAAAAAGGGGAAACAGGUCCUCCUGGGAUACCUGGCUAUCCCGGGGCUGGAAUACCUGGACCUGCUGGUGAGGUUGGUCCAAAAGGUAACUCUGGCCCGGGUGGGACUCCCGGACUUCCUGGACAACCAGGACAACCUGGACCCCCUGGUCCUCCAGGUAGCCCUGCUGUAUAUCCUGACCUUGGACAGACCCUGCCAGUUUCAGGUCCAUAUAAUGGCCAGAAACAAGGGUACAAGAAGCAAAACGGCGUCUACAUGGGUAGUAAUGCUUUGGAAAUGCCGGCUUUCACAGCAAAGCUCACUGAUCCGUUUCCUCCUGUCGGUUCCCCUGUUAUUUUUGACAAAGUGCUACACAACGGAAAUCAGGACUACAAUCCCCAAAAUGGCAUUUUUACCUGUAGCGUACCAGGAAUUUACUACUUUGCUUACCAUGUCCACUGUAAAGGGAAUAACGUGUGGGUGGCGCUGACGAAGAACAACAAGCCCGUCAUGUACACGUAUGACGAGUGCGGCAAGGGCUUGCUGGAUCAGGCAUCAGGUGGCUCUGUGCUCCCGCUACAGCAGGCCGACACGGUCCACAUCCUGCUCCCGUCCGACCAGGCAGCAGGACUUUAUGCUAGUCAGUAUGUCCACUCCACCUUUUCUGGGUACUUAUUGUACCCAAACUAAGUACUUAGAUAUGCAUUUAUGAAAGCCAGAAGUGUGGAAAUGUACACCUCAAGUGUAACAACAGCAAUGAACCAUGACUGAUAUUGCAUUAAAAUCAUUACGUCUGUAUGCGCACAUGAACACUUUUCUAUAAAGUUUUUUUUUUUUUAACCCUUGUGUGGUGUUCGGGUCUGUGGGACCCGUUUUCAUUUUUUAUUAAAAGAAAAAUGAUACAAUUAAUUAAUUUUUCAAACUGA